AUGCAUCUCUCUUUUCUCAGCACCAGUAUUAUCUGCCUCUGUACCCCUGUAGUCGUUGCCAUCAAUAAUCAAAUCGAUAGGAGGGCGAUAGUUAGAGCUUUCAACCCUCGUCGCAAUGUCAGCUCAAAAAUAUCGCCAAUGCAGGUCGGCAAUGGCAACUUCGCUUUCGGAGUCGAUGUGACGGGGUUGCAAACCUUUAGCCCCUUUGCGACUAUGUCCACUUGGGGUUGGCAUAAUCACAGUUUGCCUACCACCCCCGGCCAAACAUCAGUCGAAGAUUUCGUGGGCUUGGAUUGGUGGACUCACGGGCGGUUGGUGAAUUAUAACCAGCCCAAUCCUGCCCAGGAUGAUAUUUCACAAUGGUUAAUACAAAAUCCAUCAAGGCUGAACUUGGCCCGCAUCGGUCUUUCGUUCGACGGUGAAGACACAACGGAAGAUGACUUGCAAGAGAAAACUCAGGAAUUAGAUUUGUGGACCGGCAAGAUCUCAUCUUCAUUCAAGCAUAAAGGGGCUAUAGUCUCUGUGGAGACCUGGGCAGAUGCGACGUCGGACUCGGUAGCCAUCUUAGUUAAAUCGGAACUCCUCGCCAACGGGUCUCUGGGGAUCUUCUUCGACUUUCCUUUGCCGAGCGAAGCUACAAAAUUCGAAGAUCCCUUUGUAGGGCUCUUCAAGGCGAGCGGUCACAACACCUCCCUCCGUCAACAGAACCAGUCUGCGAUCAUCCGACACGAUUUGAACGAGACGUCGUACGAUGUUUCAUUCAACUGGGAUUCAAAAGCUGAUGUUGAUGGCCCCGCCGAGGGAACACACCGCUACGUACUACGACUAUCAGGAAGGGAGAAACAUAUCGCAUUAGCAGUGACGUUUUCACCGGCCGGGAAGAGACCUAAGUUACCAGUCGUGGAGCAGAUAAAGGCGGCGUCUACCAGCUGGUGGACUUCUUUCUGGAAUUCAGGGGCAUUCGUGGAUCUAUCGGGGGCGACUUCAGCGGACGCUUCGGAGAUGCAACGAAGAAUUAUCUUGUCUCAGUAUCUCACAGUUGUAAACUCGGCGGGCACACUACCACCACAAGGUUUGGUGAACAACGGUUGGUACGGUAAAUUCCAUUUGGAGAUGGUGUUGUGGCACUUACUUCAUUUCGCGCGUUGGAAUAAAUAUUCUCUAUUAGAGCGUAGCAUGCCACAUGUGUACAGCGACUUCCUCAGCUCAUCCAUAGAACGCGCGCGCCUCCAAGGCUACGAAGGCGCCCGAUGGGGGAAAAUGACAGAUCCGACGGGCAGGUCGGCGCCUGGCGAGAUCAACUCCCUACUUGUCUGGCAACAACCGCACCCGAUGUAUUUCGCAGAAGUAGAAUACCGCUCGUUCCCAACUACCUCGACACUGAAGAAAUGGGACGCCAUCCUCACUCCGACGGCGGAUUUUAUGGCCUCGUAUGCCUUCUACAACGCGUCGACAGGUGCCUACGACCUCGGCUCACCUAUGUAUCCCGUGUCGGAAAACACCAACCCGAAUGCAACGAUCAAUCCGGCAUUUGAGCUGGCAUAUUGGCGCUUUGGACUCGACGUGGCCAUCACUUGGAAGGAGCGCCAGAGCCUCCCAGUCCCUUCGAAAUGGAUCGAGGUCCGCGACAACUUGGCCCCGUUACCCCUCGCAGGCGACACCUUCGCGCUGUACGAAGGGAUACAGGAUAUGUGGGUGCCGAACUCAACGACUGUUACGGACCAUCCGGCGCUCUCCGGGGUUUUCGGGCUCUUGCCGCCCCCGAAGAGCGGGCCGUUACUCAAUAUGACUGUCGUGCAGAACACGGCGGCUAGGAUUCGUGAGACCUGGACAUGGGACAGCGUGUGGGGUUGGGACUUCCCGAUGUUGGCUAUGAACGUCUUGCGUCUGGGUGAUGUGGACCAGGCCGUUUCGUAUCUCCUAGACCCUCGAUUCACUUUCGACGAAGCUGGAUAUCCCGGCGGUGGAUCACGCGUCCCGACGCCUUAUUUCCCCGGCUCGAGCUCGUUCUUGCUCGCCGUCGCCAUGAUGGCUGGUGGGUGGGAUGGUGAACCUGGACCUCAUUUCCCGGAAGCUUGGGGGGCAAAGGUUGAAGGAUUUGUUCCUGGAUUGUGA